AGAACAUUUGUCAUUAAUAAAUAUAGGUGUGACAGCCAAAUCUACAAAAGAUUAUUCAGGCUGACGCAUUUCGUGGUUGCUUACACUCUUUAUAUCUAUUUUGUGGUGAGAUUUAUUGACGUUGUAGCUGGUACAUACGCUAAUUUAGCUUUUUAGGUGCUAAAUAUGCAUUUCAAAAUUCUUGUCCUUCUGUUGGUUGUGGUUGUUGGUAAUGUUUACUUAGCUGAGAACGCAAAAAUAAAACAGACUGAAAUUAUGUGGGGAGUACCCGGAGGACCUACUUUUAAUACCCUUAUAAGAAAGUUAAUGUGUCCGCCGGCACAUAGAAGAAUCCGUGGUAGAUGCAGAAGAGUUUAUUCAUUUUGAGUUUGCAAAAAUUAAACUAUUAACUAUUGUUUAGUAUUAGUAACGUUUUUUGAUAAAAUUAUAUAGGUAUAUUAUAAUAUGUAUAGCAUUUUCGAAUUUCAAUAAAACUUUGGAUUGUUGGUUUUUAUUUAAAAAUUAAAUUAUCCAGUACAAAGUCGGUUGUGAAGUGUUCUAUUUAAAAAACGGUUGCCUUCCGAUAUUGUCUUAAGUGCUUGAUAGCGAUCACUAUCCGAUUAGAUGAUGUAGGCAACUAUAUAAGGAGAACUAUGUUUUGGUGCUUGAGUUGACACAAUGAGGAUCAAAAUUAUCGUGUGUUUGCUGUGUCUUUUUGUACAAACAAAAAGUCUACAGUUAAUUAACAGCAAUGACGAAAAUAUCAAACUGGAGAUAUCUGUCGGUGACCAAACAACAAUAAGUGUCACUCUAGGUGACGCGAUAAAAAUAUCUGGACAAAUUGGGCAAGACCGAAAUUUGGAAUUUCCUGAAGAUUGUGACGGAGCCACAAGUUGUAGUCUUCAGACUGACGAUGUCUCUUUGUCCAUCGAUAGUAUUGAUAGCGGUUUUAGUAUAUCCUGGCAAACCAGUAACACUGACUCCAAAUUUCAAGAUUGUCUAGAUUUAAAAGCUUCUGAUACAAACUGGUUUGGUGGACCGGAGAAGUGGGAAGCCACCUGGCCUGUAGAAACUGUGAGCUACCAGAAUAGAAUUUAUACAACUUUGAAAGGUGACAAUGGUGCCGUGGCCGAACGCUACUGGCUAAACUCGAACGGUGGUUAUGUUUUCGUCGGUGAUAAGGUUCCUUUGUACUUGGACCAAAAUAGUGCGGUUCUUGGAAGCAUAUGCUUUAUAGCGGCAGCAACGGACUCUUACACUGGAAGAGAACAAGUUACUUUGGACUACAAUUUAGUUGUUAAGGGCGAUGCUAAAGAAGCUCAUUUACAUGCUGUCAAUAACUUUUUGGGCAAACCUCAAGCACACCCCGACGAGUGGAUGAUUCGUAACCCAAUUUGGACCACUUGGGCUAAAUACAAGAAGGAUAUUAACGACGAAGUGGUGGUUGCUUUCGGGCAAGAAAUAGCGGACCAAGGUUUCACCGGACAAAUCGAAAUUGAUGAUUAUUGGGAGACUUGUUAUGGGUCUUUGGUGUUCAAUGACAACCAAUUCGCCAAUAUCAGUGGUACCGUUCAAGCGUUGAAAGAUUUAGGUUUCACGGUCACCCUCUGGACACACCCAUUUGUUAACGAUGACUGUGAAGAACCUAUACAGUAUGGCGAACGCAAUGGUUACUUUAUUAAAUCUAGGAACGACGACGGUAGUCAGGAAACUAGCUGGUGGGAUGGAAACCCCGCUCAUCACGUAGAUUUUACCCAAGAAGGAGCAAGAAACUGGUUUUCGGACAGGCUUAAGACACUUCAGGAGUCGCACGGUAUUAACAGUUUUAAGUUUGAUGCAGGCGAAAGCGACUGGACACCGCCAAAUCCAGAUCUUAAUGCUGAUAUAGAAGACAGUCCAAAUGCUCUAACUGCUGCAUACGUUCGUACUUGUGCUGAAUUCGGUGGUUUGCUUGAAGUGAGAUCUGCGUGGAGAACGCAAGAUCUUGGAAUCUUUGUAAGAAUGUUGGAUAGGGAUUCUAGAUGGACUCUUAACAACGGUCUACACUCUAUUAUAACCAGUCUUCUCCAGUUUAACAUUAACGGAUACGGAUUCGUCCUUCCUGAUAUGAUCGGAGGGAACGGUUAUGGUGAUCUACCAACAGCCGAAUUACUUGCAAGAUGGACUCAAGCAAACGCUUUUAUGCCUGCUAUGCAAUUCAGUUUUUUGCCGUGGGAGAUAACAAGCGAUGAUUUUGAUGGAGUGGCGAUUAUCAAAAAGUUUGUGGCACUGCAUGACGAAUACACGGAUUCUAUUGUGAACGCUAUGGAGAAUAGCAUUUCGACUGGAACUCCUGUAAAUCCUCCGAUCUGGUGGGUUGAUCCCACAAAUCCUGACGCUCUAAAAUCAAACGAUCAGUAUUUGGUGGGUGAGGAAAUUCUUGUAGCUCCUGUAAUAGAACAAGGUGCUACUAGUAGAAAUAUCGUUAUUCCUGCUGGUACUUGGAAGGAUGGAAACGACGGAACAAUAUACGAAGGACCUCAAAUUUUGACAGACUAUCAUGCACCGAUUGAUGUACUUCCCUUUUUCAUUAAACAAUAAGUGUAUCAAAAGUUUACAAUAAAAAGUUUUCUCGAUAA